AUGACGGAUAUCGAUACGUCGGAUAUCUCUAAAGAAAUUGAGCGCAGACAGGGACGUCUCCGCGUGAUUGACAAUUCGUUGGCUCAAUAUGGGAAUCGGUCUGGCUUUGGCAGUCAACUUGGACAAAAGCGUCGCAACACCGAAGAGGGACUGCCACCAAGGCGCUUGAACGCGGGACGCAAUGAUAGCUCUGGUGGUUUUCAAAGGCGGCGGACAAUUGAAGCAAAGCGAGGCCGGUUUGAAGAUGUCGAGGACGACGAUUUCACUGACGAGGAGGAUUACGAUGAACGUCCCAAGCGAUCCCUGCUUUUAAAAGCGAUCCCUGUAUCAUUGCCUGCUAUUGAGACGAAGAGCCGCGAGGAAAAGUUAAAAGAGUUGGACUCCAAAACACAGAAAGAUGUGAAACAAAGAAACAAGCGUAUGUUUGCUAACUUGCUUAUGGGUACUCUACAACGUUUCCAAAAGGAUGAGAAGAAGGUUCAAAAUGUGGAACGGGUUCAGGCUGAAAAACAACUUGAAAAGUCAAGGGUCGAACGCGCUGAUCUUUUAGCCAAGCGACGAGACAAGGAACGGGAGAUUCGCGCUUUGACUCGUCGUAAAGCUUUGAUUCAAUAUUCUGAGCAAAAGAUCAAUCACUACAAGCAGCUGCAGCACUUUAUUGGAACCCAAACCAAGCCAACAAUCUUCUAUUUGCCAAAUAAGCAUACUCUACGCAGUCUGGAGCUCCAAAAGCAAAGCUCUGAAACAAUAGAUGCUCUGAUCAAGUUGCGCCAGGUACAACUCGUCACCGAUCUUGAAGCUGAUCCGGAAGCUAAGCGUGAAGAACAUCGGGAGGCUUAUCGUGGUGACCAAACAAAAAAUGGAGCUGAAAAACGCGUGGAGAAGGAAACCUGCGGACGCGAGAGAUCACGAUCCUAUUCCUCCAGUGACUCUGAGCCGAAGAAGAGGAGAUGGACGAUGAUCACAUCGAAUAAAACCAUUCUCGCUUUAAAUUUUAGGUCAUCACCGCUUUGUUCGUGUACAACUACUCUCAAAGUCAGGGACCUACCCAACAGCAGGACGGUCACCUUAUGCGCCCUGCUCGCCAUUGAAGUCUUCGCAUCGGUGAAAUUCGAAGAGGAGGAGAAUGUUAUCGUUAUCACGAAGAACACGGAGUUCGUUCUCGUUGAAUUCUAUGCUCCAUGGUGCGGACAAUGCAAGGCUCUCGCUCCCGAAUACGCCAAGGGGAAAUCAAAUCGCACAACUUGUUUUUUGAACUCCAAGGAAUUAUCCGAGUGCGAGAAGACUGAGGCAGAGUUCAAGGCUGCCGUCAAGCAACUCACGGGCAAGGUUCUCUUUGUGUACAUGAACACCGAUGUUGAGGACAACGCUCGCAUCAUGGAGUUCUUCGGAAUUAAGGAUGUGAAAAUCAAAUCCUUCUCCACGAUCAAGUUCUUCCCAGCCGGAUCAAACAAACUUGUCGACUACACUGGUGGCCGGACUCUCGAAGGAUUCGCCAAAUUCCUUGAAUCGGCUGGCAACGCCGGAGCUGAAGACGCUAAGGAGGAAGCAGAAGAUGAUGAGACCGAAGGAAAACACACCGAGCUC